GAUCAUUGUAUGCAUUCUUGUCCUCUUUGUCUUUCUUCCUCUGGUAUUUUUGCUUUGGUGGGAAAAAGAUUUGGAGAUGAAGACAUUCUGCUGACAGUAUACACCUGUGAUCGAGCUCGAGAUCGAUUCUGUGCAGGCAGGAAAUGGAAUGCAAUCGUGAUGAAGCUCUUAGGGCGAAAGAGAUUGCUGAAAGGAAGGCUACCGAGAAAGACUAUGUGGGUGCCAAGAAAUUUGCAUUAAAGGCCCAGAAUCUUUUUCCAUCCCUGGAAGGAAUCAGCCAAAUGAUUACAACUUUGGAUGUUUACCUUGCAGCAGAAGCUAAAGUAAAUGGAGAGAAGGAUUUGUAUGCGAUACUUCAUGUGAAUGCUUCCGCUGAUGAAGAGACGGUGAAAAAGCAGUAUAGGAAACUAGCUCUCCUGCUGCAUCCAGAUAAGAACAAAUUUACUGGUGCAGAAGGUGCUUUCCAGCUUGUUUCUGAGGCCUGGAAUGUGCUGUCUGAUAGGAGUAAGAAAAUGCUAUAUGACCAGAGGAUAUAUGCAAGAGGGCUUCAGCAGAAGGCCUCUCAGCCAAGCAAAACUAAAUCUGAUUCUAAGUCGGCUAGUAAUGGUUUUUAUCAGUUUGCUAACUGUGCUGCGGCAAAAGUGGCAGCUCAGAAAAGCAAUGCUCCGAGGCCCCCAACUGGCCCAUCAACUCCAACUCAGGCACCCCUGACGACAUUCUGGACUUCAUGUGCUGGAUGUUGCAUGCAAUAUGAAUACCAUAUAAUGUAUCUCAACAAAAGCCUUCUAUGUCCAAAAUGUAAACAGCCAUUUCUAGCCACCGAAUUGCCUGCUCCUCCCAGUGGACUCCGUGCACCUAAAUGGCCAUCUAAGCAGCCCAAUCUUGUUGACAAGAAUAACAAUUCCUCCGCUCCUACCUCAGGGUUUCAGCAUGGGGCAAGUGCAGACUCAUCUUCUGGUACAAAUUUCCAGUGGGGACCAUUCUCCGGACUUUCUGCAACAGCUGGUGCUGAUGGCUCAUCUACUGUUGCACAGGCUGCUAAUGUGGUUCAGCAAGCAUACGAGAAAGCUAAAAGGCAGCGGGAAGAAGCACAGGCAGCAGCUAGAAGGGAAGAGUUUCUUCGGAAGAGGUAUAAUACUUCAAGAAGAAAUGCUAACCCUCCUUCAAAUCUUUAUACUGGAACUGGUGCUGAUAUAAAUGUGAAUAGAAAAAGAGACAUUGGGGAUGAUGCUGGGAAUAACUGUGCUGUAAAUCAGAAUCAUUCUGUUAGUGCAACCCGAAAUACUUUCACUGAUGGGGAUAAGGUUACUGUAGAUUCUUUGAAGCCCAGUUGGAGCUCGAGGCUGGCAGCAUUUAACAGGGAAUUUAUGCAUUUAGAUGUUCGACCUUUACUAGUGGAAAAGGCCAGGUUUGGAAUAUUAAAGAAGAUAGCAGAAUUGAAUUCGGCUGAAGCUGCCAAGGGUAGGGAAAAGGAUAGGGCAAAGAAUAAACAAAAACUUAAAGAAGAUAUUAAAGAGUCAAAAGAUGUUGAUAAUCUUCUGAAGGACACAGUUCACGGAGGAUAUUCUGGUAAAGAAGUACUCAAUUCUCGGAGUAAAGUCCUUCAAAAGGAAGAUCAGCAAGAUGAUGUUAAUGAUGAUUCAGAUAAGGAUCUUGGUCUGCCUGUUUCAAUUGACGUCCCAGAUCCAGAUUUUCAUGAUUUUGACAAUGAUCGCACAGAAGAAGCUUUCGGAGGUGAUCAGAUAUGGGCUACCUAUGAUGAUGAUGAUGGCAUGCCUCGGUAUUAUGCAUUGAUUCAGAAAGUUCUAUCCAAAAAGCCUUUCAAGGUCCGCAUGAGUUUCCUCACAUCAAAGUCAAAUGUUGAAUUUGCUGAAUUAGAUUGGGUUAGCAUUGGGUUUUCUAAAACUUGUGGAGAGUUUAGAGUCGUAAGAUAUGAAGUUAUUGAUUCAAUCAAUAUUUUUUCACAUAAGGUUAAAUGGGAGAAAGGUUUUCGUGGUGUAAUUAGGAUUCUUCCUAGUAAAGGUGACACUUGGGCCUUGUACAGAAAUUGGACUCCUUACUGGAAUGAGCAUACUUCUGAUGACGUGAUCCACAAAUAUGAUAUGGUGGAGGUACUUGGGGAUUAUAAUGAGGAUCAAGGUGUCUCAGUUGUUUCCUUAGUGAAGGUUGCUGGAUUCAAAACAGUUUUUAGGCGGCAUUUUGACCCAAAAGAAGUGAAGGUGAUCCCAAAGAAAGAGAUGUUUCGGUUUUCACAUCAGGUACCUUCUUAUGUGCUCACAGGUGAAGAAGCUGACAAUGUUCCAAAGGGUUGCCUUGAACUUGAUCCUGCUGCGACUCCUCUAGAACUUCUUCAGGCAUCCACCGAAGGGAAGAGCGAGGAACAUAUGAAUGAUGUUGAACAAUAGCCAGUUUCUAAAUGAUGAUACUCCAUUGAUUCUUAUAGCUUUUUUCCACAUUCAUUUGGUUUUGUUAAGCUGCACGGCUUCGUCAGCUGUUUUUGGCUGAAUUUAAAUGAUGAAUCUGGACUUUAGCUUGGUUUUAAAAAAAUUAUCUUAGCUGUCAAUGGGAGCCUAACUUGGAUUUUGUCAGCAAUACAGAAAUAGUUUUGGAUUAAGUUGUUGGAGAUCAACCUUUUUGAUGACAGAGCUUGCUAUAGUGUUUUUUUCAGGAAAUGGCAGCUUUCUCUGAUUCACUUGGGAAAUUGAAGGACUUCCCCAUUAUCAGACUACCUUUUGGCCUCCUUCCACCUUGUCUCUGCUACUGAGAACAGAAGCUGAAGCUGAUACACACAACUUUCUGAGCUGAUACUGUUGUGGAUGGGUCCAAUGCUUUUUGAUAUUCUUGUAGAGGAAGUGUAGUGUUGGGUAGAGAGACUUAGUUGGACAAAGGCUGAUGAAAACUGUAAUGGAACUCUUUAUUUCAUGUUUUGCUGUGCAUCCAUUCUUCAUUCAAUUUUAUUGUUCCAUAUUUGUGUUGGGAUAUGAUGAAGAUAAAUUUAGUAUAAAAAAGAAAUGGUUUUAGAAAUUGGGCCGGACUUGUUGGUCCAAUUGGUUCGACUGCAAAUCGGUUAUUCUGGCAGUGUGAUCCGGGUCUAAAAUGGCUUGGGUUGAAUUGUUGAACUGGUUU